GCUCGACAUCACAUCACCCAUAGAAGAGGCCCACCAUGGCCAUCCGUCGUUCGAAUACCGCACCUCAGGCUUUCGAAUAUCAAGUUCGACCUGGUCUAGCCAGGGCAAAGUCUACCGUAGAUGGCUUCAUUCCCCGCUUAGAUCAAACAUCGUUAGCCGCAUCAUCCCACCACGCCUUCGUGGCGACGGCGGCCUCACCGCUUGCAUCCCCGCGUGAUAGAGAGGACCCAUUCAGUCUUACGGGGUUUUUUCCCGUCUCAUACGAGGGGGAACAUUGGGAAUGGUUACGACAAGAGCAAACAUUUGAACCUGCUGAGGAUGAAGUACAAUCGGAGUGCUCGGUACCCGUCGUAGCUGAAGACGAGAUAGAGGAGACAAUCAAAGGAGAGGAUAAAAUGGGCGUGUUAUCAGUACUUAGUAAGUCCGAUCUAACAUGAGCGCAUGAGCUGUGCAUGAAGUUGAUAUGUCAAAGAUUUUACACAGCUGGAUGAUUUAUGCCUCAAACAGGGAUCUACUUGGUGGCCUAUACGAUGGGCAUUACAUGCGAUGUCUAGUAUAGUUUAGAUUUAUUAAUGUUAUUAUUAUUAUUUAUAUAAAAGUCUCACGAUUACACGUGUUUGUAAUUGUUUUUUCUCA